CACAGCCGUGAAAGUGGCGGAGGCGGACAUUGUUGUGGUAACAGUCCAGCCCAAGAGGAUGAGCAGAGAUGAUGCACUUAUUUUGAGCGGAUAGAGGGCGAGAUUGGAUUGUGAUUUAUUUUGUUUUUUAUCUAAAGAAUGAAUCCUUUUUAGAAAUAAAUAAAUACAUCUAAAAAAAAAAAAGCUGCUGCACCGUACGGACUCAUCCUCCAGCCAACCGGGGAACGGAGUUCAUUCAGCCGAGGCGAGCGGAGCACAGCCUGGUGAGACGAUGCCAGCCACGUAAAAAUCACAACAUCUGCAGGGUGUGCAUCCGAGGCUGCUGGAUUAAACCCCCGUGGAUCGAUCGGGCCUUUGUACAUACAGUACAGAAAAGCCCCCAGGGCGACUGUUGCCUUCAGAAUACUGCGAGAGGAGGUAAAACAAGGACAGAUGUUUUCUUGGAGGCCUUUGGAAAACACAGCCUGCUGUUGAGAGGAUGACAGAUUGACAUUAACGGGGAAACUGCGGUGCAUUUUCAUACACGACCUCCUUAAGGCAUUAUCCACGGAGAGCAACCACUGGGUUCAGCACAAAAUCAGACCGAAGUCCCUGCUUCUUGAAGAAAGCCAUCUAAAUAAAGAUAUCACAUGUUUCUGCCAUGAUUUGGCCUCCGGUGCUGUCGUGAUUUGCACACAUGACAUCUGGAACACACUGGGUGCAGAAGACGAGGAUGUGAUGACUGUGUGUUAAGCAUUGAAGCACCCAGCUACAUCUCAGCGCUUUUAAUAGAUUCUCAGGUACCUCUAUACGUCUAGGUUUUUUAAUAGAAAAUGGGAAGCGAAGGUGAGAUAAUAAAUAGAGAACUGUCAAAGAUGUCUGACGAGGAUUUGCUGGCAUGCUCCAAAGAGGAGCUGGUGAGCCGGCUGCGUAAAGAGGAGACGGAUAAAAUAUCAGCUCUCAUCCAGCGAGGACGGCUGAUAAAAGAGGUAAAUAAACAGCUGCAGGGACACCUCCUUGAAAUCAGGGAACUGAAAGUCAUCAAUCAGCGCCUGCAGGAGGAAAACGUGGAGCUGCGGGACCUGUGCUGCUUCCUGGACGACGACCGGCUCAAAGUGAAGAAGCUGGCGCGGGAAUGGCAGCUGUUCGGGCAUCACGCAGCCAAAGUGAUGCGGGAGGACCUGGGCGGUUACUUGAAAAAGCUCGCAGACCUGGAGCGCAUGCAGGACGGACUGGUGAAGGAGAAUUUGGACCUGAAGGAGCUUUGCCUGGUCCUGGAGGAGGAGUGUGUUAGCAGGAGCGACUCCAGCCCCGGAGGGUCCACCGAGCUCAACCUGCCCUGCAUGGUGGUCCGGGAUCUGGGGGACGGAAGCUCAAGCACAGGCAGCGUGGGAAGCCCGGACCAGCUUCACCUGGUGUGCUCACCUGAUGACUGAUGACAGCUUCAAUGUCCGCAGUCAGGGCUUCUCCCGUUCAAAUAAGGAACCUGUAGAGUAGGGGUGAUGUGAUUGACAGAAUGGAGACACAGAGGCUUUGUCAGACAAUACGAAUUUAAUUGGUGCAAAAGCAUUAGAGCCUUCUGAAUGCUGCAAAGGUUUUGUGUGCCACUAGGUUUUGACUUGACAAAGAUUCUACAACCAUAGACAUUUUCAGGACUUUACAAAGACAUUUAAUAGAUGUUUGCCAGAUGAUAAUGUAUCUAAAUUUUACAGUGUUUUUUCUAAUGACUCUUCUGUUUUUGGGAAAUUCUCCUUUUUCAGUGGUCUGUUGUUGAAAAAAAAAAAAUGGGACCAAAAAACUGGGUCACAUAUAUAAAUUUAUCUCAUGCACUGGACUAGCCUACACUGGUAGAAGCCUUUUUUCUAUUGCACUGGACAGCGUUAUCAUGGAUCUUUAAAUCACAGAUCUAAAGAUUCAUUUCAAUCCAGUUUUGAGCCAUAUUUAGUCCACUGAAUUCCAAUAGCACUGAAAUAGAUGAGUUGUGAUAAAAGAAAAAUAUUAAACUAUUUGAUAUUUGCUUUUUGCUAGAUGCCCAAUAAUGUGUAAUAUAUUAUGCACUCUCUUCCUCAGGACAGGAUUGGAGUGCCAUAUGUGCAUGAUGAUUGUCACAAUUUGUACAGGCCUGUUAACCAGUCUGCUGUGAAGGCCCUUCAGGUUUACUGUGGGUGGGGCUGCUGUGCAUAAUGUACAUGUGCUAUUGCCGGGGCAGAGCCAGCACACUUGUUAAAGGGGUUUGGAUCAGAGGUGAUAGAUGUCCUUGGACCUCACUCAGAGCUGAACUGAAGUUCUGUCACUUUUUUAAAAUCCAACUGGAAACUCUUUGUAUCAAACUGGAAGGUCUACAAGUUUGAAUGAUUUCUAUUCUAUUCUAUUCUAUUCAAACCAAGCUGUUUAAAUUCACUUGUAUUACUUUUUUUUUUAUAACAUUGUUGUUGUUGAUGUUCAAUUAGCAUAUCACAGAGUUUAAGUUGAUCAGCUUCGUCUUCUGUAACUCAUGCUUUGUAUUUACCCUGUAACAUUAGGGAUAAUCUUAACUUUGACCCUUCUUUAUCUUGAUUUAUCUGUAUUAACUUGCAUUACUAACAAAUUUCAGUUUAAAUCAUAGAUAAUGCACAUGGAUUAGAAAAGAUUUAUUUUGUUGUUAGCUGUUUAUUGGUGGGCUAUGCUCGUAGUGCAUUGAAGAGCUUUAAAUACAGUGGGUAUGACACUU